CACCCCUGUUGUGCACACAGUCAUUGAAUGUGCAUGAGAUAGAAGAAUGCACAUAUAACGUUUAUUGGCGGAGGAUGUUUAUUUUCUGCACGAGUUAUUUAUUAUUGCCAUUCGCUGUCUAGCUUUCUGGUUUAAUUACCCUGAAAAAGAUUCACUGAACGCAGGUUGUGAUCUCCAGUAUUGGUGCCCAUCAUGGCAGGAGGCAUCACAGAGACCGGGGAGCUCUACUCCCCGUAUGUGGGCUUGGUGUACAUGUUUAAUCUGAUCGUGGGCACGGGGGCACUGACGAUGCCCAAGGCCUUUGCCCAAGCAGGUUGGGCGGUCAGCCUGGCGCUCAUCUCCUUCCUGGCGUUUAUGAGUUACAUGACCACUACGUUUGUGAUCGAGGCCAUGGCAGCAGCCAACGCUCAGCUAUGCUGGAAGAGGAGGGAGCAGGAAGAGGUCCAAGACAGCGACUCCACCUCUGAUUAUUCGGAUGAUGAUGUCCGGGGACGAUCAGAGCCAGAGACGAGGCCCAUUUUGUCAGUCCAGCGAACAGGAGGAGGACACGUUGAYCACUUUGACAUUGUGGAGAGGGUAGAGAUGGGUCAAAUGGCCUCCAUGUUCUUCAACAAAGUUGGUGUCAACAUGUUCUACAUCUGCAUGGUAGUCUACCUGUAUGGAGACCUGGCCAUCUAUGCUGCUGCUGUACCCAUAUCACUAAUGGAAGUAGCCUGUGGUAACCACUCAUGCAGUGCUGGCAGUGUGAAAUACGACGACACCGACUUGUGCUGGGGGCCUGUCACCAGGAAAGACGCCUACAAGGUGUUUCUGAGCAUCUUCACUGUGAUGUUGGGCCCUUUCGUUUUCUUCGAUGCUCAGAAGACUAAAUACCUCCAGAUCCUCACCUCACUCAUGCGCUGGAUCGGUAAGAGUAACCUAUYUUACCUUAAGGAAUACAAACACCAUAGGCUGAUAAAGGUUGCUCUGGACAGACUCGAGGCACGCAUCUUCAAAUAAUCACAUUAAAUGUGG